UCCCCUUGGCCAUCCGUUCGCGACCCUUAACGACGGCCGGCGGGCACGACUGCGCCGCAUUUACGUUUCAGUAGUCGCAAAGCGCGAACCGACCUCGAUCGUCUCUCUUGUUUCGCUCCUCUCGCCGCUCUCGGUUUUUCCAGCGCUUGCUCACACUCUUUUCCUCUUUCCCUCCGGCGGAGCGUGCGCGCGAAUUGCACGUGCGAUCGGCACGAUUUCGUUCCAGAAGCCGCCUGCCUGUUGCAACACCUCGGCGCGCUGAUUCUCCGGCCAGCGAAGUUCACGUGAAACGAACUCGUGAAAAUCGUGCCUCACGGUCUCGGUUCCGGCGCGUUCCGAACCUGAGGAGUCCAGCGCGAGCCGAGCGCUCGUGGCCUGCGUCUUGGGACCGUCGGCGCCUUCGUCAUUUUUCAUUCGUUCUCGUCUUUUCCAUUAGUCGUCGUCGCAUACCGUAUCCUCAGUGGGAUGACGGGACCAAAGGUGCGCGUGGAUUCGCCGGGGUUGCGCUAUACGGACGACUUCAUCGAGGCAGAAUACGAAUACCAGACGACAAGCGUGACCGGCGACAACAAUGACGACGAGGAUGUAUACACGGUAAAACCAACAUCGACGAAACUACUGAUAAGGACUGUGAUGAAAGUUCCCAAGUUGGGUUUAAUGUUGGUGGGCUGGGGUGGUAACAACGGCAGCACUAUAACAGCAGCCCUAUUGGCAAACAAGUUUAAAUUAUCAUGGGAGACAAAGGAGGGUGUGAAGUUUGCAAACUGGUACGGCUCCCUGACGCAAGCGUCCACCGUCAGGCUCGGCAGGUCGAGUAAAGGCGAAGUGUACGUGCCCAUGUCCAGCAUGUUGCCCAUGUUGAACCCCGAUGAUAUUGAGAUUGAUGGCUGGGACAUCUCCAACAUGAACCUCGCAGAGGCAAUAGCACGCGCGAAGGUGCUGGACACGAAUCUACAGUUGCAGCUGCGAUCACAUAUGACACAUAUGCGGCCACGCAAGAGUAUAUAUUAUUCCGACUUCAUUGCCCCGAACCAAAAUAAAAGAGCGAAUAACGUCAUUUCGGGGAGUAAGUCCGAGCAAUUGAAGUUAAUCCGCUCCGAUAUCGUGGAAUUCAUGAGCACGAAGAAUCUAGACCAGGUGAUCGUCCUGUGGACCGCCAAUACCGAGAGAUUUUCGAAGAUAAUCCCAGAUGUUAACGAUACGAGUGACAAUCUGCUGAAGGCGAUCGAGGAGGAUCAUCCGGAGAUUAGUCCUAGCACUAUGUUCGCUGUAGCUGCGGCUUUAGAAGGAUGUACUUACAUCAACGGCUCGCCACAGAACACAUUCGUGCCGGGCGCAUUGGAGCUGGCCGAGAAACAGAAAACCUUCGUCGGUGGUGACGACUUCAAGUCUGGUCAAACGAAGCUCAAGUCUGUGCUGGUGGAUUUCCUCGUGUCGGCCGGCAUCAAGCCAGUGUCGAUCGUCAGCUACAAUCAUUUAGGGAACAACGAUGGUUACAAUCUGUCUGCGCCGCAGCAGUUUCGCUCAAAGGAAAUCUCCAAGAACCAUGUCGUGGACGAUAUGGUAGAGUCCAACAAGAUUCUUUACAAACCCGGAGAGAAGCCAGAUCAUUGCGUCGUUAUCAAAUACGUUCCCUACGUCGGCGACAGCAAAAGAGCCAUGGACGAGUACACGUCCGAAAUCAUGCUUGGCGGUCACAACACCAUCGUCAUCCAUAAUACAUGCGAAGAUUCGCUCCUAGCAUCUCCCAUUAUACUUGACCUGGUGAUUCUCGCCGAGCUUUGCUCUCGCAUCACUUUUAAAAAAGCAGACGACACUGAGGACUUCUCUGGCUUCCAUAGUGUCCUGUCAAUAUUAUCUUACUUGUGUAAAGCUCCCCUUGUGCCUUUAGGGACACCUGUGGUGAAUGCUCUCUUUCGACAACGAGCUGCCAUUGAGAAUAUCCUGAGAGCUUGUUUAUCCUUACCCCCGGAUAACAACAUGUUGCUGGAACACAAAAUCACUUUCGAGAUAUAAAAGAGCUGAGAAGAUUGGAACGACUUAUAAAAGAUUGUCUUUAUCAAAGAGAGGAAAGAGAAGAGUCCGCGAUGAGUCCUUCAAAAUUUCGUGAAUAAUCCCUUUCUUUUUAAAAGUCGAGCCAAAUAGAGAAUGAAAAUUUCCUCACUGUGUCGGUCGAAAUUGAU